AUGGCUGCUGGGACAGAAAAAGUGGACGAUUUGGAAAUAACGGCUGCGAUUGAUCAAUUUUGUUCAGAAUUGGAAGCGGCAGACAGGCCACAAAUAGAUUUUGAUCAAGCGUAUGAUGUGGAGCACGAGCCUACAGAAUCUCGAGAAGCGAAUAAAGAUGCCGAAGUCCUGAAACUUCAGCUUACAGAAGCAUUGGAAGCGGUCGUGAAUGCAAAUAAGGAACUAAAAAAUGAGAUUGCGAGACACAAGAAAGCAGAGGCAGCUGCAAUAAUAUCAAUUCGCAAGAAAUGCCAAAGCCUUACAAGGCGACGAAACGCAGUCGAAGAAGAAGUUCAAGAAAUGGUGGAGAAACUGACGUCACUUGGAGCAAAACUGAAUGAAAGCUCCCGUGAACGACAGGAAGCCAGGCGGGAGGUCGAAGAAACACGCCGAAAUUUCGCCACCGUGGAGGAGCAUAACUACCGAAUUUUGCAACAAAAGGAUGGCGAAAUUCAACAUCUUCAAAAUUGCUUGCUUUCAAUGCCGCGAGUCGACAAUCCAAUCUCCUCUUCUUCAGCUAAUUACCUUGAAUUCCGCAAAUACUCUUUUGAGGAAAUAAAAGCAGCAACCUGCGAUUUCUCCAGCGAUUUCAAACUCGGAGAAGAAGACUACGGUAUUAUGUACAGAGGCGAAAUAAGACAAACAGCAGUUGCAGUCAAAAUCCUCAAGGAGAACGGUUUUCAGUUUCGGCGGGAUUUCGAAAGCGAGAUUGACAUUUUCAAAGAUAUCCGGCAUCCGCAUUUGAUACGGAUUGUGGGAGCCUGUUCCGAGCAAGAUUGUAUAAUAUACGAAUAUAUGUCCAACGGAAGCCUUGCAGAUCAUCUCAGCUGCAAAGAUGCCUCUCCGCCGCUCCCUUUCUACACUAGAUUUCGUAUUGCAGCCGGAGUAUGCUCGGCUUUACAAUAUUUGCACAGUUUCAGGCCAGAUCCAAUCAUCCACGGCCAUCUGAAACCCUAA